AUGAUCGUAGCGACGGACUCUCCUGCUGAACGGUUUCGAAACGAACUCAGUCAGCGAUUAUGUGCGGAAGGGAGCAUUUCAUUACCAAGUGCGAAUAUCUUGGUUGGGGUCAUUAUUUCCGGGAUGGAGUACAACUCGGGCGAUCAAUACCACCCAAUCUCCCAAACAACGCUCCAGAACGUACUUAGAAUCUCAAAGAGAUCGAAUCUCUCGGCAAGAUACUUGAUCAAAGUCAGAGUGAGAUACAAAUGCGUCGAAGCGAUCCCACCCCUAACCCUCCAAACUCUUCGCACACUCUCGCUCCCUCCGACAGCGCUUCUUAGUCCUUGCCCGACAGUCGUAACAUUCAUGACCUACAUUGCAGUCGUAUACCGACUCUCAUCAUACGUUGGCCCGCAGGUCGUACACGACCUUAUCGAGGACUUCAACCGGACGGUGCCAAGCAAGGCAAAAGACAAGGCAAAGCACGUCAGGAAAGUGCCGGGGAUCGGACCGCGAGUCAUCCGCCGGAGCGAAGAGUGCGAAACCCCACGCCACGGCUCAGGCCCUGUCCGAACGCGUAAAUCAUCGAUGCGCAAGAGAGAUCGCGAAACGGCGCGGGUGUACCCGUCCCGAGCUGCGCUUUCGAGAGAACGAAUGUUGGACCCGAUGAGUUCUGUCGAGCGGCUGCCUUUUCCGAUUGUGACACCUGUGUCGUCGGCGAGCACACGUCCUCCGAUUCCGUGGUGCAUGCGUUCGAUGGAGACGAUCGAGGUUCUCCCUGUGCCGUUGCCCGUUGGGUCUCAACCUUGGCCGCGACGUACGACUUCAUACGAAACGCUGAAACACACCCCGUUACUUCCUCGUCCGGCUCCCAUUCGUCAGCCUCGAAAUGUCCGAUCCUGGGAAACGUUUGUUCCCGCUCGUACACCCACACCACUCAUUUCCCUUUCCCUUCCCGCGCGAUCCAAAUCCCGUCCUUAUCCGUAUCCGUACCGCCCGACUGAAGAACCCGCAAUAACCGACCCGGGAAUUCAAGUCCCCGCAUCACCUAUAUCGAGCUCGCACUCCAAACGACGCAGUGUGCGCGGUUUGGAGUACUUGCGCGCCAAACUAGGCAGGCUCAGUAGGGCCUAUUCGUCCUAUGCCACGGUUUGA